CAGUGAAAGCCGAGAUUGUAGCGGAGGGGGAGGAAACACUAUGAAAGGAGAGCGCUGGACUCGGAGACUUUUUGGCGCUGGAGUUUACACUAAAUUGCGGAGUUUUGCAUUUUAAUUUUACUUUUUAUAGCAGGAGAAGAGAAGUAAGAGUUUUAACUGAGUUUUCUUACAGGGAAACUCUGCGCUGCUGCUCCGUACACAAGCGAGACGCCCGCGAGACGCCUAAACAAAGUUAGCCGAGGAGCUAGCCUCUUAGCUCGGACAGCAGGAGCGGCCGGGAGUCGCGGGGUGGUGAAGGUGGAGGAGGUGGAGGAGGUGGAGGGCAGCUGGGCAGCCGGGCAGCCGGAGAGUGCCGAGGCUUCCUUCACCCUCCUCCCGCGGGAGAGUUAAGUUAACUAACUGCUAGCUAACCUAGCGAGUAUGUUGCCCUCAGCAGGCAGCUCAAGCUUCGGAUGAGGUUGGGACUGAGCUGCGAGGCUGAAGCGGAGACCUACAGAGCGGAGAGUGAGCCGCCAUGCCGCCGAAUCGCCCGGGUCUGUCCCCCGCCUUGCCGGGGAAGGCGCUCCGGAGCCCCGCGGGCUGCCCGCUCCUCCUGCUUCUGCUGCUGAUGGUGGAAGGGGCCCUGUGCCUCGCCAAGCCCGGCGGAGCGCCGCCGCUGAACGGGAAUGGCCGUCCGAGUGUGAACGUGUUCAUGAGCGAAGAGGAGGUGAAGAAGCUGCUGGGUCUGGAUGCUGAGCUGUACUACGUGAGGGAUGAUGUGGUGAAUAACUAUGCCCUGUCCUUUAUUCUGCCCGUACCCAGCGAGACCAACAGCCUGCACUUCACCUGGCACUCCAAGAGCAAGGUGGAUUACAAGUUGGGGUUCCAUGUGGAGAACCCUGCAGCCAUGGACCAGCCUCAGAGCAACAUCUCCACCCAGGGGGAGGUCCCCCGCACAAGAUCAGUUUUCAGAGUGGACCUGUUCUGCUCAGGUAAGGUGGACGGAGAGGCCGUUCUGACCGUGCAGCUGAAUCUGACCAUUCACGCCAACAACUUCACAGUGCUCAACUUCAAACGCAGGAAAAUGUGCUACAGAAGAAUUGAGCAGCCAGAUCUGAUCAUGAUUCCUCCGUUACACAACAGGACCAGACCAGAUUUAGACAGUGUGAACGCUCCUACAACCUCCACCAGAGUGUUCUACAUCAGUGUGGGAGUGUGCUGUGCAGUCAUCUUCCUCGUGGCCAUCAUCCUCGCCGUGCUUCACCUGCACAGCAUGAAGAGAGUGGAGGUGGAUGACAGUGUGAGUGACAGUGGAAGUUCUCAGGGUCUGUCCCAGCCCUCCACCCAGACCACGCAGUACCUGAGAGCGGACACGCCCAACAACGCCACGCCCAUCACCAACGUUCAUGCUGGCUCUGCUCCCAUGCUGCCGCUCUCCGCCGCCUCCUUCCCCCACCCCGGCGCCCCCUCCCAAGAAACCAAAAGUUACCCCUCGUUGCGGAUAGAGAAGAAUGAUCUGCGGAGUGUUACGCUCCUGGAAGCGAAGGCCAAAGUGAAAGAUAUCGCCAUCUCUAGAGAGAGGGUCACACUGCGGGACGUCCUACAUGAAGGUACAUUCGGACGUAUAUUCCACGGAGUUCUGCUGGAUGAAAAGGACCCGAGCAAAGAGAAGCAAGUGUUCGUCAAAACUGUUAAAGAUCACGCCUCAGAGGUGCAGGUGACGAUGAUGCUGACGGAGAGCUGUAAACUGCGAGGGCUUCAUCACAGGAACCUGCUUCCCAUCAGCCAUGUAUGCACAGAGGAGGGAGAGAAGCCCAUGGUUUUGCUGCCUUACAUGAACUGGGGCAACCUGAAGCUCUUCUUACGGCAGUGCAAGCUGGCAGAGGCCAACAACCCCCAGGCCAUCUCUCAGCAGGAUCUGGUUCACAUGGCGAUCCAGAUUGCGUGUGGUAUGAGCUACCUGGCACGGAGGGAGGUCAUCCACAAAGACCUCGCCGCCAGGAACUGUGUUAUUGAUGACAGCAUGCAGGUGAAGAUCACGGAUAACGCGCUGGCGAGAGAUCUGUUCCCCAUGGAUUAUCACUGCCUGGGGGAUAAUGAGAACAGGCCGGUGCGCUGGAUGGCCCUGGAGAGCCUCCUGAACAAUGACUUCUCCAGUGCCAGUGAUGUGUGGGCGUUUGGCGUGACUCUGUGGGAGCUGAUGACGUUGGGACAGACCCCGUAUGUGGACAUUGACCCGUUUGAGAUGGCGGCCUAUCUGAAGGACGGCUACAGAAUAGCACAGCCAAUAAACUGUCCGGAUGAACUGUUUGCUGUGAUGGCGUGUUGCUGGGCGUUGGAUCCGGAGGAGCGACCGAAGUUCCAGCAGCUGGUCCAGUGCCUCACCGAGUUCCACGCCGCGCUGGGAGCGUACGUCUAAACUCCAGCCCCAGGCUUCACCGCCGGCCUGCCCGUCGCUGGGCAGCACUAUUGGAGAAGAUUAAAAUUAGAAAGCAGUGCCUUACGAUUUUUUUUUUUGUUGUUUUUUAAUGUUGCCGAUUUCGUCGGAAAAGACUGUUGUGACAUCACUACAGCUUCAGGACUUCUCACCCUUCUGCUUUUAGACUUUUGGAGAAAGAUAGGAGGAAUUAUCACUCAAAGGCUCAUUCUGGGUUUUUUUUUUCCUCUCCAGUGGACUAGGUGGACUAGUGGGAGACCCAUAUUCCCAGUCUCAUCCUCACCUCAACACCACAAACUACCCUUAAGAAGAAUGCUGGCGUUUACUUCACGGAAAGCUACUGUUUUCUGGGUGAUUUUUUAUUUUAUUUUUUAAAUUUUCAUAUCAGUUGGAGACGCUACACUCACUCAGCUUUAUACUAAGGACAAUCCCUUUUAAUGGCCUUUUUCUCACCUGAAAGUCCAAACUGAAACCAAGCUUCAUGUGUUUGUUACAUUGUAUUUUGUGCAUUUAGUGCAGUUAGUUUUGGGUUCACACUGCAGUUUAGUGACUUGAGUGCACUAAACAACUCUACUACAUCCUGUCACCAUCACCAAGGUUGGCGGAGUCUCCCUAUACUUCCCACUGAUUGAUUUGUCGAAUGUUUUCAGUUUGGCGAGUUGCCUUUUUUUAGUGUUGUGUCAAAUUCAGCCUCCCUGCCAGAAUACACCUCCCUUCGAGUUCCCCACAGUGUCCCACAGCAGAAUGAGUGUAACAGAUUCCCCACAGAUUCCUUUUAUUAAUAAGGGUUAAUCUACAGUUACAGUAGAUACAGAAUCACCAGCACCGUAAUCUGUUAUACUCAUAAUGCUGCGACGUACCUGACAACCAAGGGGAGUCAGAUUGCGGCACAACACCUCUUCUUUUUCUUCUUCUGUUGUUUAAUUGGUGAUGAUAACCUGACUCAGCUUCUUGUAAUUGGUCCAAAAGUUUGAACCAUCUACAAAAGUGUUUGCACACUACAAACAAACCAGACUGUGGUUCAGUUGAUCUACCUUUUUUGUUUGGGACAGAAUUUGGUCCUUUUUGGUCGAAACAAGGUAAGUGUGAACGUAUUCUUAGACCCAUUAGUGAGAGGAAUGUUCUCCACUAUAUUAAAUACAAAAUUGUAUUUAAUAUAGUUAAAUGGUUUUUGUAUCAGUCUUAUAUCAUUUGGUACUCAAUACAUGAAAAACACCUUUUUCCUUCAACACCUCAGUGACAGUAACUGCAUUCCAAAGCCUAGGCUGCAGUAAAGGGUGGGUGGGUCCUCAGUAGGACUGUUCUAUAAAGACUCCUCCUUCUCAGUAGUAACCUAUUGGUUAGAACGGGCUUUUUCAUUUCUUCACAGAAAUUAAUUCUAAUUUUAAAAAACUUUUUUAAACAUUUUAAAACAAACUUAGCUCCAGGUAUUUUGUUUGUGGUGAUUUUAUUUAUUUUUUCUCUUUACAUUCUAAUCGCACAGAGAAUUUUGGGUAACCAAGCUCCCAAGGGCCAGGAAAGAUGCAUCAGUUGCGUCCUUUGAAAUUGCUCCAAAUCUUCUGCCGCAUUUCUCAGCUAUAUACAGAGAAUCUUUCUACAGUGUAGGAGCUGAGAAAGGCACCCUACAAAGGCUGCAGCCUAGGCUUUGGGGUGCACCACUUUGCAUUCUUUGAGGGAAUGUAAAGGCAAACUAAACAAUAUUACUACUACUUUCGUAACCAGUGUUAAACUGGCUUGUGGUACAUCAUCUACAGCAAAGAAUAAUCUAUUCUGUUCAUUUUUUGUUGUUUUUCUUUUGUUUUUUGUUUUUUUUAAUAAAUUGAAUUGUGAAUGAUAAGCAAAUAAAUUAAGAAUUCCAGUAAUAGGAAAAUUCCUUACAGGGUUGUUACUGAUUCCUAAAGGUUUUGGUGUUUGUUCUGUGUCAGAACAAAGUCGUCCUUGCAUUUUUGAGAAUAUUUGUAUAAAUGCAUAAAGAAACACCAGUCACUGUGAAUAAUUUGAAGUGUACGGCCUACAUAGACACCUUUUUCUUUCUUUAAAAGCCGUGUUUUUGUUCGUUUAUAGCAUAUAUAGGCUCUUCUACAUGUGUUCUCAUGAUCAUCACCGCAUGUUGUUUUAAAAAGGUAAUGUGUAAACUGUUUCCUGAAUUCAUACGUACCAAUUAAACGAGAACCCAAAAUUUAAAAGGGGGGUCUCAAUGAUGAA